CGCGUUAUAAGUGUGUUUUGGAUUUCUCGAGGCUAUAUUUUUACUCCUGUCCGCCCACAGCACCAAACUGCCUCUUGCAGCUCCAAAACACAAACAGAACUGAGCCAGUUCUACUUGGAGCAUGUUUUAAUGUCUUAACCGCGGAGCUCCGGUUCGGUACCGUUCGGCGGCGGCUCUGGGCGGGUUUGCUGCUGCUGGACUCACGCUGAGGGAGCGUGUGUUUUUCAGUUGUGUGGGUCUGUCUGUCUACAGCAGCGUGGGGACACUUAUAAACUCCAGAAGAAACAGAAGAUGUUGACAAAAUGAUAGCAGCUCAGGACCUUCAAACAGACUUCCACCAGGAAGGAUACGCUCGGCUCUUGGACACCGAUCUUGAAGAUUUUGAGGGUCGGAAUGGCAAACUUGGGAAAGGGAAGAAGGGGAAGAAGACACCUGGAGAGAAGUUGAAGGGGUCAGAGGUGAGAGGUCGGGUAAAUGGCCACCAUCAGGAGAACGACAUGGAGAAUCUCAGCUUGUUUGAGAUUGUCAAAUUGGGCAAGAGUGCCACACAGUCAGUGGUUGAUGACUGGAUUGAGUCCUAUAAGACGGACAGAGACCCUGCCCUGCUGGAACUCAUCAACUUCUUUAUCCACUGCUCUGGCUGUAAAGGUGCGGUGAGCUCCGAGAUGUUUCGACACAUGCAGAAUUCUGAGAUCAUCAGGAAAAUGACAGAAGAGUUUGAUGAGGACAGUGGUGAUUAUCCGCUGGCGAUGGCAGGUCCGGUGUGGAAGAAGUUUAAAUUAAGCUUGUGCGAGUUCAUCGCGGUCCUGGUCCGACAGUGCCAGUACAGCAUCAUAUAUGAUGAGUACAUGAUGGACAUGGUCAUCUCUCUCCUCACCGGCCUCUCAGACUCACAGGUCAGAGCGUUCAGACACACCAGCACCCUGGCAGCCAUGAAACUGAUGACCGCUUUGGUGAAUGUUGCUCUGAAUUUGAGCAUCAAUUUGGACAACACACAAAGACAAUACGAGACAGAACGCAACAAGAGCAUCGGGAAACGAGCCAAUGAACGCCUGGAGCUCCUGCUGCAAAAACGCAAGGAGCUCCAGGAAAACCAAGAUGAGAUUGAGAACAUGAUGAAUGCCAUUUUUAAAGGAGUAUUCAUCCACAGAUACAGGGAUGUGAUUGCUGAGAUCAGGGUUGUCUGCAUUGAAGAGAUUGGUAUGUGGAUGAAGAUGUACAGUGAGGCUUUUCUUAAUGACAGUUACCUGAAGUAUGUGGGCUGGACCAUGUAUGAUAAGCAAGGUGAGGUUCGUCUGAAGUGUCUUACAGCUCUUCAGGGUUUGUAUUAUAGCAGAGAACUCAACGCCCGACUGGAACUCUUCACCAGCCGCUUCAAGGAUAGAAUUGUGUCGAUGACACUGGAUAAGGAAUAUGAUGUUGCUGUUCAGGCAAUUAAGCUGCUGACGCUGGCUCUGCAGAGUAAUGAUGAGGUUUUGACAGCUGAAGACUGUGAAAGUGUCUAUCACUUGGUUUACUCUGCCCACCGACCGGUUGCCGUGGCAGCAGGGGAGUUUCUCUACAAAAAGCUAUUCAGUCAUCAUGGUCCAGAGGAUGAGGGGCGGCCCAGGAGAGGCAGACAGUGUUUGAAUGCUAACCUCAUCAGAACAACUGUCUUGUUCUUUCUGGAGAGUGAGGUGUGCUUGAUGUGCUCAGCCUUUAACCCUUUAAACCUGCACAAACAAAUUCAAAAUCAAAUUACUAGGCAACCCCUGAAUGGAAAAACACAAAAUAGUUAUCAUUUUAAAAUAGUGUAUGUGUGUGUUUCAGCCCUCACUGAUGCUCAGGAAGCUGCUCUGAUUGAUAUCAUGCUCUGUGCUAUCAGACAGACUUGUGAGUGUCACCCACCUACCGGACGAGGCCCUGGCAAAAGGGUAAGACACACACACAGGCACACACACAAACAACAUUUUGAUAGAACCAAGUCCAUGUUCUAUACUUUUUCUUUUUCGAUAAUUUGUUUCACUCUGAUGCAUAUCAUAAUAUGGAGGAAACAGUCUGUGGACCCAGAGAAGGUCACUAAUCUGUUGCAAUUUCCUCAGUAUUUUGAUCUGGAGAUCUAUACAACCGGUCGGCUGGAGAAACAUCUGGAUGCUUUGCUGCGUCAGGUCCGUGAUGUGGUGGAGAAGCACACAGACAAAGAUGUAUUAGAGGCAUGUUCCAUGACAUUCCAUGCACUGUGCAAUGAGGAUUUCACCAUCUAUAACCGCGUGGAUAUUGUCCGCAGCCAGAUACUUGACGAGCAGAUCGAUAAGUUCCACCGUCUGCUGGAGGAUGUCCUGCAGGAGGGAGAGGAGCCUGAUGAAGAUGAUGCCUAUCAAGUUUUGUCAACACUCAAAAGAAUCACAGCCUUCCACAAUGCCCAUGACCUCACUAAAUGGGACCUUUUCACCAGCAACUACAAACUUUUGAACUCUGGCCUACAAAACGGGGAUAUGCCUGAGCAGAUCGUGGCUCAUGCACUCCAAUGCACUCACUAUGUCAUACUCUGGCACUUGGCUAAGGUUUCGGAGGGCAGUGUCAGUAAGGAUGACAUGGUGCUGUUGCGGAGGCAGGUGAGAGCCUUCUGUCUGAUGUGUCAAAGGUACCUGAAUAGUAUCAGCACUGUUGUCAAAGAACAGGCCUUCACCAUUCUCUGCGAUGCACUCCUGAUCUUCAGUUAUCAGAUUGUGGCGUCUGGGCGGGAAGCUUUAGAGCCCUUGGUGUUCAGUCCAGAUGCAUCCUUACAGAGCGAACUACUCAACUUCAUCCUAGAUCACGUGUUUGUUGACCAGGAUGAGGACAGCAGCACAGAUGAUGAGGCUAAUAAGAUUGAGGCGCUCCACAGACGCAGGAAUUUACUGGCUGCCUUCUGCAAAUUGAUCAUCUACAACGUGGUGGAGAUGAAGACAGGAGCAGAUAUCUUCAAACAAUACAUGAGAUACUAUAAUGAUUACGGUGAUAUCAUUAAGGAGACCAUGAGUAAAGCGCGUCAGAUCGACAAGAUUCAGUGUGCCAAGACUCUGAUCCUCAGCUUGCAGCAGCUGUUUAAUGAGAUGCUGAGUGAUCUGGGCUGUAACUUUGAUCGGUCCACAUCUGCAUUCUGUGGGAUUAAAGAACUGGCCCGACGCUUCUCGCUCACGUUUGGACUCGAUCAUCUCAAAACCAGAGAGGCCAUUGCAAUGCUCCACAAGGAUGGAAUAGAAUUUGCCUUUAAAGAACCCAGUCCACAGGGGGAGGGUGGCCCACCUCUCAACCUCGCAUUCCUUGACAUCCUCAGUGAGUUUUCCUCCAAACUACUGAGGCAGGACAAGAAGACUGUGCACCUGUAUCUAGAGCGGUUUAUGACCUUUCAGAUGGCCCUGCAGAGGGACGACUGCUGGUUACCGCUCAUCUCCUACCGGAACUCUCUGCAGACGGGUGCUGAUGAUGACACUCUGUCCGUCAUCAGUGGUAUGAGCAGCAGGAGCUCUGCCCGCAGUCGCAGAAGCAAACCACCUGCCACCAGCAAGAGAAAACUGCCCGAGGAGGAGAGUAGCUGUAGCAGCAGUGAUGUGAGCUUGUGGGUGAAUCGUGAGCAGAAUGGCCCACACACUCCUGUAAUGAUGUCAUCCCCCCACAUUGUCUCUACUGUCUUGCAAGACGCAAAGAAACUCCGCCCUGAGCAGGGAUACAUGGGAGUUUACAGCAUGAGCAACGAAACGCAACACACACCCCUGCAGCAGCCGCACCAACACAUGGACUACAAUUCUCAGGUCGCGUGGAUGAUGGCCCAAAAACAGCAGCAGGAAAGAGCAAGCCUGCAGUACGGCAAGAUGAGAGGCCACAUUCAGCACACCAUUCGUCGUGGCAGCGGGCUGAUGGAGGAUGAUGAGGAACCGAUUGUAGAGGAUGUGAUGAUGUCAUCAGAGGAACGACUGGACGACCUUAACGAGGGCAUGGACUUCGACACCAUGGACAUUGAUCUGCCUCCAUCCAAAAACCGCAGGGAAAGAUCAGAGCUGAAACCAGACUACUUUGACCCUGCCUCCAUCAUGGACGACUCGGUCCUUAAUGUGUCCAUGUUUUGAGAGGGGUACACGAGACGGUGACAUGUUUCUCCUCUUCUGAUUUCACUCCAUGGACUAAAUGCACAGGAUGGUGCCGCAUAUCUUUCCCUUCUGAAAACACACCACAACUUUCCAUCUGUACAUAUAACAGCCCACAGGGCGACAGACAAACAUUUACAGCAUGAGAUCAGCCUUAUCAAUCAUGGUCUUUUGUAAUGGAGGUUUAAAAAUAGCUGUUUUUUUGUAAAAACCUGGAGGAGUUUUGAUUUUUAGGUAAUUUUGUAAAGACAAUCAGUUGUAAAUGACUUUAUAAGGGGUGAUUUAAAUCUUAAAUUUAUAACUCCGCUUUCCUUAAAGGGUUUAGACUUGGAGUGUCUGAUUUUUUUCUCUUUCUCUCUCCUUCUCUUUUUUUUAAUUAUUUGUAAAAAAAAAUCCAUCACUCGCAAUGUUUUCGCUUCCCAGAAGUAUGUUAAACCUUAUAUUAUGACGAUAUUCCUCACUACUGAUUGGCUGAUUGAGAGGUUUUUGUUUUUAUUGGUCCUCUAAGAGCUCAAAGCACUUGUAUUGAUUGGCUUAAACUUAGAAAGCCUGACCCUGUCUCAGAGUUCAAUUAAUUUCUGGAUUUUUUUUAUCAACUAUCAAAAUUUCAAAGGUAUUUCUGCAUUAAGGCCAUUG